AUGGACACAAGCGACACCCCGAGCUCGAGCGACAUACGACAAUGCUACGAUUAUGAGUUCGACGAUAGGCGCAUUGCUGCCAGCAUCCUCGACACCCGCCCUCCACUUUGGCAUGGCUCAAAGAAUACCUCCGGUAUGGACUGCUUGAUAGUUGUCCUGAGACGCAUCUACAGCUUUGCCAUGUUGGCCCAUGGUGUUUCCGAAGACCUUGGCUGGGUCCAAGAGUCCGAGCGCAUGAAUCCAAUUUUGGGUCAUGCCUGGCAUGUUUUCGGCCAAGGAUCAGUCGAAGAAAGCAAUGCCACAAUGGCAAGAUCCGAAGUUGAAAAGACCCUGAAAGAUAUCAAGCUCGAUCCAAAUGCAUCUUUCUAUGACCUUUGCUGUUCGAGUCUCAUGAACAAGACCUUUUGGUCAAAGGAUGUCUUUCGCCUGAGUGAGCCGCCUUUCAAUACAGACACUGGCGAGGCAAUCAAUAUGUCGAUGGACGAUAUAGCUACGUCAAGCAUCGUGCAAUGCCGUGAUGGCCGUCUUGUUUUUUAUCUUGCCCUAUGCAAAUGGUCCGACAUACCAGCAUGCUUUGUUCCCAGUCAGCCAUGGGUGGUCAGGGUGCUGUUCACAUGCACCCAAGGCCAGGGAGACAAGAACUCGUUCUCGCUGAGACGAACUUUGAAUUUGCCAGUCUGGGAAGAGAUAGAAGAAGGCCCAACUCUUGCUUUCAAGAAGGGGCAUCCAAUGGAAUACAACCUCCUGGCUGUAGUACGUUUGAGAGACGAGGAGCUUGGGGGCAACGACUAUGUUCGAACAUAUUCCCCAUAUGGACCGAACAUCGUUCCGGAGUAUGAACCUGCAAGCUUCAUGUCCACGGAAUGGUCGGUGGAAUCGGAGGGGAAGUAUAUGCUCUUCUACGGGAUUUCUCCUCAUGAUUUGGGAUUGACCAACACUAGCAAUUUCCCCGAGGUCGCCGGGCCUGAUAUCGUUGAUGAAGAGCUGGUAAAGGACUUUAAAGAAUUGAUGGCGAGUCUGCGAAAGUCUGAGCCUUCCACCCAGGUUCAGGAAGAGCCUUCAUCUUCUACUACAGUCGGAGCCCCUAGCCGCGGCCAAAAGGCAACAUGA